AUGCGCUUCCACGUCACCAGGAAGCAGCGCCUGGUCGCGACCAUCGCCAUCUCCGGCGGCUUCUUCGUCGCCGAGCUCGUCAUCGGAUUCCGCACAAAGUCGCUGGCCCUCAUUGCGGAUGCCUUUCACUACUUGUCGGACCGGAAGUCCUCGCCCGAGACGUUGACUUUUGGUUGGAAACGCGCCCAAGUACUUGGCGCGUUCUUCAAUGGCGUAUUCUUGCUCGCCUUGGGAGUCAGCAUCUUUCUCCAAGCCGUCGAGCGAUUCGUCAACCUCACUUGCGAGUAUCCGUGCCCCAGAGUCACUGAAUAG